AUGCUACAGUUAUUGUCGGUGUUUUCAUUAUUAUUUGUUCCAUUGGUUCACAAUGCAGCUAUUCCUCAAGAAGAUAAUCCAGUCUGUCCAAAUGGUGAAUUAGACAAAUUCAUGAAGGUAUAAUUUUUAUAUUAAAUUUUGAAAUCAAUAGAUGUUUUCAGAUUAACUCCGAACUUAUGACUCUCGAUCAACAGGAAGGUCUAGUUAACGUUUACAAGAGUAUUUUGGGAACAUGCGCAAAAUUUGACGUAAGCAUAUAUUUUUCCACUUGGUAUGUGAAAUUAUUGUUUUUUUUCUAGAAUUACUUCAAUACAACAAAAUGCUACCCACUCAUAGUUAAAAUGAAGGCACCAAUGGAAAACUAUUGUAGAUAUACCAAAUUCGAGUCAACAGAUUUUCAAUCGUGUUUCUUCACUCUGAUUGAGAAGAACACGACAUGUUAUCAAAAUGUUGCAUCAAAACCACCACCACUUAUGGAUAUUGCUGUAAGUUUAGCGAAACUUUGUCAAAUAAUAUUGUGUUAAUUUUUUAGAAUAACGAUACCGUCGACUUUGUUUCUUAUUGCAAAAAUUACUUUGGAACAAAUAAUUGUAUGAAACCAACAAUUAUUGAAUCCUGUGGAGAAAAUAUAUGGAAUCAAUAUAAAAGUGCUAGAACAUACAAGGAUAAUCAUUGUGAUUUCAGUACAAUUUAA